AUGGACGAUGGCGCGAUGGCCUGCACAACGCUGUCCGCCUUUCCAUUCCUCACGCCAGAUGAGUUUGACGCUGCAUGUCGAGCUCUGGCCGAGCGAACCCGCAGCUGCACGGCCGCCCAACUGGAUGGAGGCUGGUCCUCGGCUCGAUUGGUCACACAGGCACAGGCACAAGCACAAGCACUGGAAGAUGAAGAUGAAGAUGAAGAUCCGGAAGCCCUUGUCCGCACCAAUCUCCAUCCCACUUUGCAGAUAGAUUAUGAUAUCGUGCUCUCCCCCACAUAUCAAGUCCCCGUCUUGUAUUUCGUACUCCGGUGGCACAAUCAUCAAGGCCCCGUGGGGCUGGACGCGGUGUAUCAGUAUGUGGUACCGGAGCAGUACAAGCAACAAUUGCAGAAUGUUGGCGUGAUGGGAGGGAUCAGCUUCGGCGUAGGUGCACACACAUACGUUCUCUUUCUCUCUCUCUCUCAGACCGAAAAGGGCAAAACUGGGUGGUAUCAUCCUGAAUCUGGCGCUCCGGCCUUUUUUGUCCACCCGUGCAACACCGCGGAUGCCAUGGCGCAGGUUGCAGACGGACAGAGCGUCACCACCGGAACAUAUCUCCUCAUCUGGCUCGGUCUCGUAGGUCAAUCCGUGAACCUGCACGUCCCCCGCGAGCUCGUCGUCUCCGAUGGGCCCAGCCCAUACUGA